ACAGCAGAAGAACACGCGCACGUACCGAAUGCUGGCCAAAGUGCAUGUGAGCUGUAGUAUGUAGCGGACAGUGCGUGUUCCUCUUUUUUGUCCUCCCCUAUCCUUCUUGUUUUUCCUUUUCUUUUUGUCUUCUUUACUGCCUGAAUAUAGCAGAUGUUCUUGUAGGACUGCACACUCUGUAAUCUCAUUGUCCAGAGAGUUCAAUGAUGGCAGAAGAAUGCGAAUUUGACCUGAACUACAUCACCGAGCGCAUAAUUGCUGUAUCUUUUAAUCAGUCAUGCCCAGAGAAGACCUACCUACACAACUUACACAACAUCACGCAGAUGUUGCAGUCCAAACACUCAGACAAUUACAUGGUUAUUAACAUUUCGGAGCCCAGGGAAGAGCUAAGGAGAAUAAACGCCAGGGUACUGGAUGUUGGCUGGCCAGAACAGCAUGCUCCAACCCUGCAUUUACUGUGUUAUAUGUGUAAGAGCAUCGAAACUUGGCUCAGUACACACAGCGAACAUGUCGUCCUGCUACACUGCAGGGGCACAAAAGAUCGGAUCGGAGUGAUCAUUUCAUCCUAUAUUAACCUUCCAAGCAUCUCUAGCAGUGAUGAGAAGGCUUUAGACUGCUACACAAUGAAAAGGUUCUACAGUGAUAAGAUGGCUUCCUUCUUGACUCCAUCCCAAAAAAGGUAUGUGCAGAUGUUUGGCAAGCUCCUGGCCCAUCAGAUUAAGAUAAACUCCUCUCCUCUCCUCUUCCACUUCAUCUCUCUGAAGAACAUGCCAAACAUGCACCCCACAGUAUGCAGUCUAUUUGUGAAAGUAUACCAAGACAUGCAGCUGGUGUGCACAACCGGAAUACAUCAGGUCUCUGUGGGUCAGACGGACAAAGUGUAUUUUGCUCUGGAACCACCACAGCUUCUCAAAGGAGACAUUGUGAUUGUAUGCUAUCAUAAAAACGUCACAAAGAAGAGCAGAGAAGCUGUGUUUCGCAUACAGUUUCACACAGGCACUCUUCAUGGGCACCCCGCCGUCUUCCACAAAAAGGAGCUUGAUCUCGCAAACAAAGAUCCCAGAUUUUUGGAGGAAACAGAGGUGGAGGUAGUUUUCUCAGAAAAUAUGGCUCAAAUUCCAGGUUUUCCACAAGGGAGUGUCGGCUGGAUGAACAGCUCUGCAGUUAUUAUUGACUAUGACACACUGGAUCCUUUGGUUCACUGGGAUUCUUAUGAGAACGUUACAGCAGGAGCUCAGCUGACUGAAUGCACUAUCCUCUGUGAUGUGGACCGGAGCAGCAGGCGCAGGACUCCACAGCCAAGUCCAGAAAGCCACUUUGGGGACAGCAUGGCAGGAGAGCAGCCUCGUUCCUCUGAACUUGCCAUUGCAUGUGACAGAGAUGAGAGAGCAACGGGAGAACAUUUUCAUCAUAUAGACUCUACUUCUUUUCACUUGAAUGGUAAAACUACAAGUGCACAACGAGAAACCAAUAUCCUAGAGGAUGAGGAUGUGUAUACAUCUGCUGCUUUAGUAUCGCAACCCAAAGAAACAGGACUUAGACUUGCUGUAUUGAGUACACAUGAAUAUACUUCCCAUCCAGAAGAUUCUGCAGAUGGAAUGAACACGGAAGACACACGGACUCACACUCACACAACAUCUAACAGUAAUCAGACACACAUGUGGGUCAAACAGCAACAGCUAGUCUCUUCCGGUUCGUACAUUUACACCAUGUCAGACAGACUGGAACACAAGGUGGAACCAGGGAUUAAGAACAGCUCUCUGGUGGUGGAGCCAAAUGCAGACAAGGAUGAUGAAUUUACUUCCCUUGCUUUGGAUAUUGACCAAUCAAUUGAACAGUUGAACCAGUUGAUCCUAGACCUAGAUCCAGAGUUUGAACCUGUACCCACACUGGCUAGGGGUCAUGUGACUUGCUCAGACUCUGUACACGCCAAUGGAGUUGGACACUUAGUUGGUCAAGCAAAAUCCAUCCAAUCAGGCUCGUGGAAUAAGUCGCUUACUAAUGCCACUAAUGAGCCUGCAUCCAGGUGCAGUGAUGAUGUUUUACAGCCAUUAUCAAAGCCUGCUGUCUACAAAUCAUCCGAGUUUGGAGGCGUGUACGCAAGUGAUGCAGUGGAUCAUGGGGAUUUCAAUCCUGAGGCUGACCAUCUGUUAUGGGUGGAUCUUAACCAAUCUUCAAUGACACCCGCAUUUCCUGUGACACCUCCUACACCUUAUGUGAAGGGUGUGUAUGACUUUUCCCCUGUGAGUCUCAGCUCUCAGGCCGGCCCACAGCACCUGCUCUCAAGGACACAGCAAGAAUCGCGUGGAUAUACGGAUAAUAUGACACACUCUUCCAUGUCAUCAGACGGAGACAUUUUUCACUCGGAAUUAACGUCUAGGCCUUCCCCCUGCCAGAGAGGCUUUGGCUCCAUGCGCUCAGUGAGCACCUCAAGUCCACUCCCUAACAUUGACCGCCCUGUUCCAGCUCAUUCAUGGUUGGAUAGUGGUUCAAACACCCCCCUGAGCUUCUACACACCCCAACCUUCACCUCCACACUCGCUUUCCACUCCCAACUCCCAGAGCUCCCCUCGUGCCCUGCCACCCAGUCUCGACGUAGGGAACUUAGAGCUUAGUCUACUGGAAGCAAUGGAGGGCCUGGAGACUCUGGGCUUCAAUGGAGCACAGCCACCACUGCUACCUCAGAAGAGGAGAGGGAUGGAUGGAUUAGAGCUAUCCCUGAACUUUCCAUUCAGCCCAAGUGGUGGUCUCAAUAACAAUGGGUCACCAAUAGCAUCUUCUCCUAGUCCAGAUUCAUUUUCCAGUAAAGUUGACAACGUGAAAUUUGUUCAAGACACGUCAAAAUUUUGGUACAAGCCGGACAUCUCCAGAGAGCAGGCCAUAGCGAUACUGAAAGAUAAAGAGCCGGGCGCCUUCAUUGUCAGAGACAGUCACUCGUUCAGGGGAGCGUACGGAUUAGCCAUGAAGGUGGCCACACCCCCACCUUCCAUCCUGCAGCAAAGCAAGAAAGUGGGGGAUCUGACAAGUGAGCUGGUACGGCAUUUCCUGAUCGAGUGCACACAGAAAGGGGUCAGGCUCAAGGGCUGCCCAAACGAACCCUACUUCGGAAGCUUGACAGCUCUCGUGUGCCAACAUUCCACCACGCCAUUGGCCUUGCCCUGUAAACUCAUCAUCCCAGACAGAGACCCUCUGGAGGAGUUGAACGAGUCCCAAGGACAGACUUCUACAAACUCCGCCACUGAGUUACUGAAACAAGGGGCAGCAUGUAAUGUGUGGUUCCUGGGCAGUGUGGAGCUGGAGUCUCUGACAGGUGUACAGGCAGUACAAAAGGCCACCACAGUCAUUUUUAGUCAGGAUCCUCCAGCUACCUCCACUAUCGUCCACUUCAAAGUGUCUGCACAGGGCAUCACGCUUACAGAUAACCAGAGGAAAUUGUUCUUUAGAAGACAUUACCCAGUCAACACAGUCAUAUUCUGUGCCCUGGACCCUCAAGACAGAAGAUGGAAAAGAGAUGGCUGUUUAAAUGCAAAGAUUUUUGGCUUUGUCGCCAGGAAGAGUGGGAGCAGCACGGGGAACGUGUGUCACCUUUUUGCAGAGCAUGACCCUGAGCAGCCGGCCAGCGCUAUCGUCAACUUCGUCUCCAAGGUGAUGAUCGGCUCCCAGAAGGCCAAAUGAAGUCGAAUGUUUUUUUCAGCAAAUCUUCCUACUCUAUUCGGGAUUUAAGUGGACAUACGGACGUGGCACUAACAAAAAACAUUUUGUGCCUGCAUAGAGGACAUCAAAACUACUGCCUACUAUAAGAAUAUAAAAAUAGACUAUUAAAGACGAUGGAAUGUCUUUUGUUUGGUGUAACACAUUUUUUAAAUGAGCAAACAGACCUCAGGCUUUGGGCCUUUUGCACAGAUCCUCCAAUAGAGGGAGUCCCAUCAUCUCAGCUUCAAAUAACUUUAAAUUGCCGGCUGUGUCGGUCCGCAAAGAAGAAGCACCAUGUGAUCUGCAUACCAGAGUUACAGUCUGCACUGUUCGGAGUCUGCAAGUUGUGCGAGAUCUCGGUUUCAAUUCGAAAACCCUUUAUAAAACAUUUCUUGCCACCGUUUUUUUUUUAUCUUCUCUGGGCUUUCACAUCAUCAAACUGAAUAAACCACACUGCUUAUUCAACUAAACAAAUCUAAUAACUGCAAUUGAAUCACUAUUUUUGUAUAACCAAAGAUACCAUACAUCAUUUAAACUAAAUACACAUUUUUAAAGAUCAUUUAGGCUGCAAAAUGAGUCCGAUUUUUUUUAGUCAUAUCAGUUGAAAAUGGAAGAAACUGAUUGAAACUGGACAAUUUUUCAAAGCGUCUCUCUUACUGCCAUAAAUGAUUUAUUAAAAGUCACCUAUUUAAAUUGUGAUUGUAAUAAUUAGUGACAGUCUAGCAUAUUCUAUUGGUAAAUAUAUGCAUCAUUUACAUCACUGCUCAUAUUUUGUGUAUGCUUCUUUUAUAUUUAUCAGUGCAUGAUUAUCCUGUAAUUUGUUCACAGAAACUCUAGUGAUGGUUGGAAUUAUAUCACUAAAUCAAUAGAUUUAUGAUUUGCCCAGCUUUUUUUAAUUGAGUAUUGACUCAAUUGUUUUUUUUUUUAAUAACUCGGUAAGUCUUGUGCUGUACUAUACAUCAUAUAAGUGAUAUUACAUGCACAUUUCUUUUCAGCGUUAAGCCUUUUAUUGCAGUGCAUAAUGAUCUGUGUUCAUUCAUUUCAUAUUUCCUUUUCUGCAUCCAUUGCUAGAUAACCAGAUAUACAGUACUUUCAUUAUAUUUAAGGACUUAUAGUGCAGUUUUCAUAUAUGUGUCAUAUAAAGUGCUCCUGUGCUUCAGAUUUUCAUUAUAUAUCACUUUCUAUGCAUAGCUUCGGCAUAUUUUUCAGUGCAGCAAACCUAAGAAUCUAAUGAAGAAAUUCAGUAUUUUUUUUACCAUUUACCUUAUUAAUAAGUUCUUCAGCCUGGAUAAGUCUUCAAUAGGCCCAGCCCCAUCUCCCCAACCCCCUACCCCUCCCUUUCCUUACUAUCUACUAUUUAUAUAUGCAAUAGAAGUAAAUAUGGCUGACUUUUAACAGCAUCCGAUAUAUCAUUUACAGUAUAUUUAGUCUGUAAAUAAAAUAACAUGCUUCGUGUAACAUUUCUACAUUCUAUAUUUUUUCCACAUACUUCCCAUUUUUAUGUCUUUCCACUGAAAUCUUCCUCUCCUUCCAUUUCAUUCAUACUCCAUUUGUUGUAAAUGAUAUAUAAAUAUGUCUGCAUCCUUUAUUCUUAAAUAAUAAAACCAUUUUGACAAUCUA